AUGUCAAGCACUACAACUGUUUUCAACACCUUCCUGAAGCAGAUCAAGCAGCGAUCUGGCAUUUCACUGGACCGCAAAUCCUUACGAAGCGUUGAAGAGCUUACAAAGUAUUUCUUGACGCACGAGGCGGAGAAGGAAAUUAACACCGACAACCCUCUCGCCCACAACGGUGAUGUGGCGCGUGCAUAUGGCCAUCUUUUGGCCGAGAUGUACAAAGAUCCCGCUCCACCAUCUAUUGUUCCGAAAUUCUUCAGAAGCACAAUCGGCAGAUAUGCACCGGCAUUUGCUGGCUAUGGCCAGCAGGACUCUCAAGAAUUUCUGGGGUUUCUUCUCGAUGGACUACAAGAAGAUCUGAGUCGGAUCAAGAAGAAACCGUACAUCGAAAAGCCAGAUUCUACUGAUGACAUGAUCAACAAUCUGGAGGCCAUUCGGGAAAUGGCUGCAAAGGUCUGGGAUAUUACCAAGAAGCGGGACGACUCGGUGGUCGCAGACCUUUUCACCGGCAUGUACAAGUCCACUCUUGUGUGUCCUGUGUGCCAGAAGAUCAGCAUCACUUUCGACCCCUUCAACAAUCUAACUCUUCCUUUGCCAGUCCAGAAUACUUGGAGUAAGACGGUCAAGUACUAUCCUUUGAAUGAUACCCCGGUAGAGAUGGCGGUGGAGCUAGACAAGAAUAGCAGCAUCAAGAGCCUGAAGGAUUUUAUUUCAGCACGUGUUGGCGUCCCGACUGAACGUCUCUUCGCAGCUGAAGAAUUUAGGGACAAGUUCUUCAAGAUCUACCAAGACUUCUCAACCGUUUCGGAGCAGAUUGGGUCUAGUGACCUCCCAACCGUUCACGAACUGGAGGCUGCACCUACCAAUACAAAUCCAACAAAGAAAACUAAGAAGGUCAGAAGCAUGCUUAGCUUGGAUGACGAGGAGGACGAGACGCCAUCCUGGGACAACCCAAUGGCCGAGCGGAUGGUUGUUCCGGUUCUUCACCGCUUCAACCCAAACACAUCAUCUGGCUUCAGGCGUCGUGGAGGCAACAAUCAGUCGGCAGUUUCUCCUCCUCAUUUCAUUGUGCUGACUCCAGAAGAGGCACGCGAUGAGGAUGCUAUCAGGCGCAAGGUCCUGGAAAAAGUUGCCACUUUCACAAACUGGCCUGAGUUUAACCGUGCAGAGGACUCGGAUACAUCCGAAAACACUGACCCGGAGAUGUCUGUCACGAAUGCCUCUGACAUAGACUCCUCAGGGGACGGCAAGGUCGUGGCAAAGUCCGUUGAGGGGGAGGACGACAUGGUAGACGUGACCAUGAAGGAUGCCCAUGACAAUCGGCAGCCGACUGUACAAAGUAACACGACGGCAAGUGCUAGUUCACUGCUUCCGCUUAAGGUGUUCAACAGCCAGCGGCCGAAAUGGGUCAAUCCUUCGGAGUUCCUCGAUGCUUCAUUUCAAAACUUGUUUGAACUUAGCUUUUUCCACGAGCAAGGCUCGCUCAUACCGAGCGGCUGGUCUGGUGUACAGGAUGGAAGUCUGCUUCCGAAAUUAGAAUCAAGAAAGCCCGCACCGUCUACACCGACCGACCAGGACAUGGCUAGCCCAGCCACCUGGGGCAACGGCACCGCGUCCGAGGAAGACAGUAGCGUGGAAGAGGCAUCUCAUACAUCUGCCACCACUGUGACGAGGAUGAACGACGAGUCGAGUGAGGAGGAUGUAGAGUUCCCACCGUUCCAAGACAUCCCCGUGCGCUCUGGGCCCGCACCGAGACCAAGAGGAAAAGGAGGAAAGAAGAUGAAACCCCGGCAGCUCAAUCAUAAAGGGGGCAGGAGAAAAGCCAAGCAAAUGGCCAAGCAGAACGCUCGCCAACAACAGCAUCAUGGCUACCAGGCCUCCGAACCGCAGGACAUCACCCCUGACGACGGUCCUCUGGUCCGCCUUGGAGAGGGCAUCGUCGUUGAGUGGGAUGAGAGCACCUGGGAUACUGUCUACGGGCGCAACCCUCGCGACGAGGACGACACCAUGCGCGGCAUGGCUUUGUUCAACAACCUGGAGACCUUGCAUGACCCGCUUCUGGAGGCCAAGAAGAAGGAACGGAUCCAGCGUAAGAAGACUGGCAUCUCGUUAAACGACUGUCUGGACGAGUUCGAAAAGGAGGAAAUCCUCUCCGAGCAAGACAUGUGGUACUGCCCCCGCUGCAAGGAACGCCGCCGCGCGAGCAAAAAGUUCGACCUCUGGAAGACUCCGGAUAUCCUCAUUGUCCACCUAAAGCGCUUCAGCUCUAGUGGAUGGCGCCGGGACAAGCUGGAGAUCCUGGUGGACUUCCCCAUUGAGGGCCUCGAUCUGACCAAGCGCGUCAUCGACAAGGAGAGCGGCAAAGAGGAGAUAUACGACCUGAUCGCGGUCGACAACCACUGGGGCGGCCUCGGAGGUGGUCACUACACAGCCUUCGCGAAGAGCUUCGUCGACAGCGAGUGGUACGAGUACAAUGAUUCAUCGGUGUCAAAGCAGAAAGACCCAACACGGGUCGUCACUAAUGGUGCCUACCUGCUCUUCUACAGACGUCGUUCAGACGCCCCUUUGGGAGGGCCGCGAUUUCAGGAGAUUGUCGAUAGAUACGACAACAACAGCGCCACCGACGAGGAGAUGUCCGAGUCGGGGGAAGGUGCAGACCAGCCACCGUCGUAUCAAGAUGUCGCCUCGGCAGAGGACGAAGAGGAGGAGGAGGAGAACGGCAUUCUUGGUAUGACAAAUUGGGAUGCGUCCGACGAUAAGGUCCAUAACAGCAUCGAGGACGAGGGCAUUGCGAUGGCCGAUUGGAAUACCACCAACUGGAACUUUGACAGUCUCAGUCGUCCGAGAAUGGGCUCUGAGGCUGAGGCGGAGAAUGGCUACGCCAGCGAUGAUGCUCAGCAUGACUCAUCUGGCGAUGAGGGUGGCAUUCUCGCCAACGAUAAUGACCGCGACGCAGAGAUGCUACUAGGAGAGCCUGCUUCCUACCAGCUGCCAGACCAGCCGGAGCCGGAGGUCUCGCACUACGAGGAGCCUCCAGCACCCAAGCUCGAGGCGCAGGCCGGUCUCAGUGAGAUUCGGGACCAGAUGUGGAACAGAGCGGUCCACAACAUCCCCAUCCAGGAGGAUGCUUCGUCGGAAAAGGCCGUGGAGAUCCACCUGGAUGAUGGUGCAAAGAAUUAG